CUCUCUCUCUCUCUCUCUCUCUCUCUCUCUCUUAUUAGGAUGCUUGUUUUCUGUUUCUAGGGCUCUUAGCUUUGAAUUCGGUUUGGUGGUUCUGAAAUUCUGAUUUCAAUAUUCCUCUUUUUGGAUCCAAAAUCAAUACCCAAUUUACAGCCAAGAUUGGUUUUUGGGAUCAACGCCCAAAACCCAUUUGAAGAUUCUCUUGAUCUCAUCAAUUUUCCUGGAAAAAAGCCACUUUCUUGGCCUAUUUUCCCAGAAAUCUCCAACUAUUGUCUACUGGGCUUGGGGGUUUUGUUUCCGAAACACCCCUUCACCAAAUUCUCCUCAGAAACCCAGUUGUUCUAUCUAGUCGAUCUUCAUGCUUAAUUUAUUGUUCUUGAUGUUUGAAAUUCAUGUCUCAAAUUCUCAGUGAACUCUUCUCUUCUGGGUUUAUGAUAAAUUCGACAUAUAGGCGCAGAACCCAUCUUGUUCAAUCCUUCUCAGUUGUCUUCCUCUACUGGCUCUACUACGUUUCAUGAUUUUGAUUUCUCUCUAUAUAUAUAAUUAGCUUUAAUAUCUAUAUCUAUAUCUAUAUCUAUAUAUAUUGCUAUAUAAUUAAUUAAUCUGAGUAUUAAUUAGUACUAUUUGGGUAAUUGGGUUCUGCUUGUUUUUAUAAUUCUCUCAUACUCUCUGCUUUCACUCCGUUUUUAGUACUGUUCUGUGAUUUUGUGAGGUAAUUCCAUGGCCUCUUCAAGUGGGGCAUCUUCAGGGUCAUCUCUGCUUCAGAACUCAGGUUCCGAAGAAGAUCUGCAGCAAUUGAUGGAUCAGAGGAAGAGGAAGAGGAUGAUAUCGAACCGCGAAUCGGCGAGGCGGUCAAGGAUGAGGAAGCAAAAGCAUUUGGAUGAUCUGAGGGGUGAAUUGGGUCUGCUGAGGAAAGAGAACAACCAGAUCAUCACAAGCAUGAGUGUCACCACACAGCAUUACAUGAGCAUUGAAUCUGAUAAUUCAGUCCUGAGAGCUCAAGUGGCAGAGCUUAGCCACAGAUUGGAGGCUCUCAACGAGAUCAUCAGCUUAUCAGAGGCCAUCAGUGGUGGGUUUGGGGUUGUUGAAGAGCCUUAUGGUGUUGUUGCUGAGCCUGGUGCUGAUUUUGGGUUCAUGAACAAUCCAUGGAGUUAUCAGUAUGUGAACCAACAACCUAUCACGGCUUCGGCAGAGAUGUUGCAGUACUGAAGACCGAUCUUGGUUUUCUAGAGAGAGUGUGUCUUUAUAUUUGUAGGAUCUAAGGUUACGUGAUGGAAUAAGGUUUUGUGUUUAGUAGUAGUGUUUAAGGUUAUUAUGACUAUUGGGUUCCUGUAAAUUGGGUUACCACAACUAUGGUUUCACAAGAGUGUAAUUGGUCUCUCUAGUUAUAUGUAUAAUAAUAUUGCUAUCGAUCUUAAUCGGAUGUGUUUGUAA